UGUGAGGGCCAAGCCCUGGGUGUGCCUGCCUGCGCAUGUGCCCCGUGAAGGCGCACCAUGGGGACAGCGCUGGGGCACUGGUGAAACUGGGGACCCGACCGGAGCAUAGAUGGGGCUUGCCGGGAACCUGGCCGGCUGCAGUGCCGCCCUCUCCCACGUGCUGCUGCUGCUGCUCCACAUUGAGGUGCUGGUGCAUUCAGGGCUGGGGGAACCAGAUCCCAAGAUUAACGGGCAAUCACUGUUGGUGAGCACCAUGCAGGAGGAUGAGAGCCGGGACUUCACCUGCCAGGUGGACAGCUGGCAGGCCGUGCCCAUGCUCACCUGGUACCUGAAUGGCAAGAAGCAGGAGACCAAUGGUUCCACAGUGUUGACCACCUUGGCUGAGGCCUUUGAGCAGAGCUCCAGCACUUUCACAGUGACGGCACAGCGCGCAGACAGGGAACUGAACUGCUCACUGACAGACCCGGCCUCUGGCAAGACCUCCAGCGCCUCGGUGCUCCUCAACGUGCAGUUUAAACCGGAGAUCAUGACGAUGAACGCAAAGUACCAGGAGGCCAAGGACCCGGGUCUCUUCAUGGUUCUCUUUGUCCUGGUGCGGGCCAACCCCCCAGCCAGCAUCACCUGGAUAGACCAGGAUGGGCACGUGAUGGUGAAUACGUCCGACUUCCUCAUCCUGGACACCAAGAGCUACCCCUGGCUGACCAACCAUACCGUGCAGGUGCAGCUCAGCAGCGUGGCCAAGAACUUCUCUUUUACCGCAGCCAACAAUGUGGGCAUCACCAACUCCUCCAUCCUGCCGCCGGGUAGGUGGGACCCUCUGGGGGUUGGGCACGGGCUGGAGAGCGUUGCAGAAUCAGGGCCCUUCCCCCACAUCUCGUCUUGGUCUGAGGUGAUUCACAAAUCCAGCAAGGGUGGGAGAGGCUGCAGCCCGUGCAAGCAGGGCUGUGGGACAAGUGCCUGAGUGAAGGGAUGUCCAUGGGGAAACUGGAUGUUCUAAGAAGUUGUGGGGAUGGACACUUCU